AUGAAAGAAUUUAAGAGCUAUUUGUUUUAAUUACAUAAAGAAUUACACUCUUAAGCAAAAACAAGUAAAUAUCUAUAAGUUUGUCAGAACCACCAAGAUGUAGGUAAACAAAAUUGUAAAAAAGAAAGAAAGUUAUAGUGAAAGAUUAGAGUUCAGAAUAACAUGGUUUAGAUUAGUCAAUGAUUCAUAAAAAGGAUCUUAGUUAACUAAGCAAAGUAUUCUGA